UCAUCAUUUUAAAUGGCGGCCCGGAUCCACAGGCCAUAGCACACGGUCGGUCUGGGCAAAGAGAAGUCUCUCUCUGGUCCAACUUGUGUUUGGCGGCGAUCCAACCGUCCCAACAACAGCUGUCACCCAUAAAAGGCGGUGAGGGGACGACGUAUCCCCCACAACCCCCUCGUUACCUUUCCUCCUAUUUGUUGCGCCUGCGCUCUCCUCGAUCUACUUCAGAGUCCAGAGAGAUCCGGAUCUGGUCUGCUCCUUCUCCACUAGCAAUUCCAGAUCUAGACUCGUAGAUCCGGCCAUGGCGGCGCGACCGGCAGUGCUUUCCCUCCUCCUCCUCCUCAUCUCCGUGAAGGCGUAUCUCGCGUCUUCCGACUUCCCACCCUCGCCUGUCCCUGGAGGACCCAUCCCGGCCCCGACAUCGCCCACCAAGUCGCUUCCACCAUCGCCGGCUCCCGCGAUGGGUCCGGCCGCCCCAUCGCCGGCAUUCUCGCCCCUGGCAAGGCCGAUGCCCCCUACGUCCCCACCGUCCCCGGCGAAUCCAUCAACUCCGUCCCCAUCGCCGGCGCCCGCGCCGGCGCCGGCCGAGGAGGUCGUCCUGGACGGCGAAAAGAGCGACGAGCAGGCCGGGGUGGAGGACAGCUCCGGCGGGAUGAGCGGGGGGAAGAAGGCCGGGAUCACGGUGGGGGUUUUGGCGGCGGCGGCCGCGGUGGGACUGGGAGCCAUGGUCUACAAGAAACGACGGGAGAACGUCCGGCGGUCCAGGUACGGCUACGCUACCCGGAGGGAGAUGCUCUGAAAACCAUGUACCAUCAUCAUCAUCAAUUAUUAUUAUCAGGAGAAAAAAAAGAGAGAGGUUCGGAGAAGUUUUAUUUAGUCUAAUUUCUUUUUCCUAUUAUUAAAAUGAUAUUGGUUUGAUUGUAAAUCUGUUUUUGUCUGCUAUUGGAGUUAAAGAGUAAUUGCCAUCAUUUCUUUUUUUUU